UUCAAGGACUUGUAGGCUUCAUUCACUUGAAGACGCGAAUUUUCUCUGUUUUGAAGUGGCAAGCAUAGAACAGCUGUAGAAUCAUCGUUGGAAAUUGAGCAUUGCCUUUGGACAAAAUUUAUCAAGAUGGCAGUGUUGGGAGCACAGCUGGUAUUUAGUCUCAUCAUCUUCAGUUUUCUGCAGAAGUUGUCUCCUUAUUUGUCUUUUGGUCGCUGGUUGUUGGUGGGGAGACUAGUCAGAUACCUCCACCCCAGUGAGGAGGAACUGAGGAAGGCUGCAGGUGCCCCCAGUUAUCAGGGGAGGGGGAAAGGAAAAAGAGGAGACAAGAAGAACCACAAAGAGACAUCUGACAACAACUUUACAAUUCCCCGUAAUACUGAUAUAGCCCUAGACACAGCUCCAGUGGAGGCUGUAGAUUUGUUACAGCUAAGGUUCUACCCAGACUAUCAAUGGCUGGUAGACUUUUCUCUCUCAGCUGGAAUGGUGUACUUCCUUACAGAAAUCUACUACACCAUCGGCCCUCGGUCAGAGUUCAAUAUCAGCAUGCUUUGGUGCCUGCUUGUGAUGGGAUUUGCACUGAGAAUUCUGCUUGCCCAAACAGCCAUGUAUUUCAAGAUGGAGAAUGGAGGGGAGAGAAUUCUGUGUGUGACCUUUGGCUUCUUCUUUCUUGUGGCAGCCAUGGGUGUUCUUGUUGUGGAUGAAUCCAUACUGGAAUUUGGUUUGGCUGAUGGUUAUGAGAACUUUUCCACUGGUGCUAAAAACUUCCUCAAACACCAGGAUGUGGAUUAUGAAGGUCCAGUUAGCUUUUUGACUUUUAAGAUCAUUCUGGCAUUUGUUUGUGCAAUUGUAGGAGCCUUGUUAACCUUUCCUGGGCUUCGUUAUGGAAAACUUCACAUUGAUGCAUUGAAAUAUUCCAAAGAAAACAGAAUUAAACAGCUUUUAUUGCAUUUAAACUUUAUCUUACCUUUAGUGAUUAUCUUACUGUGGAUUAAACCAUUAGGACGAACAUUCUUAUGUGGAAAACACUGGAGGGCCACAUACAAACAUUUACAGGAAUCCCAGUUUGACAUUCUUCGUUUGCUUUUGAUAGGAAUCAUGUUUGUUUUAAGACUCUGUUUGAUGCCAACUCAUCUACAAGCUCACCUCAAUACAGCUUAUGAAAAGGUGGAGAACUUGAAGAAGGAAAGUGGAAGAAUUAGUGGGACUGAAGUUCAAAAAAUGAUUGCGAGGAUUUUCUAUUACCUUUGUGUGGUAACCCUGCAGUAUCUGACUCCUGUUGUUCUUCUUCUGUUCCUGAUGUUCCUACAGAAGACACUGGGUGAAUACAACUGGUCCUCUCUACUGGGACAAGAUCUAGAAGAGUAUUUUACUUCCUUCAGUAGAAACUCAACUCAAAUCUCAAACUCAACAAUCUCAGGGGCUCUAAACUCAACAACUCUUGAGUCAAUUAGUGAGACAGCAGCACAGUUUUCACUGACUUUAGUGAACUUGCGGCAGGUGUUCUCCGCUCAGUGGUAUCGCGGUCUGCUGUCCUUUGUUACGUGGUGGGUAUGUGCCUCCUGGUUUACUACGUCAGCCUUCGGAAUGUACUACCACUCCAAUGUGGGAUCCAGGUGAACACACCUAAUAUCUGAGAGUAUUGUUUAUGCCAAAUGUUGAAAAAAAGAAUUAAGGUCAGGAUCUAGUAAAUGAGUUCAGUCUGUCUUUUGGUGCUAGAUCCAUUAUGAUGUCAUAAUUGAUUUAAUCUUAUUUUUCCGUAUUUUACGACUAUAACAGAAUUAAGUAGAAAAUGACACAUUUUCAUGGAAUUCAAUUUGAAAUCAUUUCAAAAGGAACCCUGAUAUGGUCAUACCUAUUUUCAAUUUAAUAUCAUUUUAAAGAAGAUGUCAAGAAGAUAUGAAAAACCGUUUACUGAGAGACUGUAGGCAAUAUUGAUACAUUUUGUUUGUCUGAGAUGGAGAAAACUCCCAUUUUUAUACUUGAUUUUCUUCAUUUUUCAUUGAAAAGGGCAGUUUAAAAUAUGUUAAUUUUUACGUUGAGUUUAUCUAAAAAUUAUAGCCUGAUACAUCUCAAUUUAUUUAGCCAUAAUUGUAAUAGAUUAUUAAAGGAACUUGUUUCUCAAAUUUGAGAAAUCUUUUGGCACUCUUCAUUUACUAGAUCUUGACCUUAACAUGUUAAUUGUUGUGAGAUCAUUUAUAUAAUUUGAAAUUACAAUAGACAUACUAUAUAACUAUAGUUAUGAAAAUCAGUGAUACAGCUAACUCAAGGAAGUUACAAAGUUCAUAUAAAUUUUGCUGCAUCUAGGACAGAUUCUGGUAUAAAGAGUAAACAUUUCAGGUUUGUUUAUUCCAUGGAUCAUUAUUUAAGAAGGCCCAAUGAAAUUCUGAUCAAUACUGGACAUUUACUUCUUUUUUUCCUUAAACAUGAUCCAUUUCUGUGCACUUUGUAAGGUUGUGUUAACUUGGCAUUUUCAAUUAGGCCAAAAAGAAUAAUAGUCAUGUUUCCUGCUACCCGACCAACCCUAUUUUUUUGCACCCGACCCUAAAAUUUUUUGGUAAGUUUUGGAAAAAAAAUCAGGAAUUUCAUGUUCCAAAACUGGAAAAAAUAUAUAUAUAUAUUCAAGUGGUAUUUGAUGAAAUUCUAUGUUUUAAAUAUGGACUUUCAUAAAAUACCACUUGAGUUGUGCAUCAAAGGACAUGAAAUUUAAUUUUAAAGAUAAUAUUGACUUAUGACAUGUUUAAUUUGGUAUUGUAUUAGUUCAUAUCCAAAAAAUACCAUUGGAAAAAAAUAAAAUAAAAAAAUAAUUUUUCUACCUAUCUACCCAAUUUUAUUUUCAGGCAGGUAGCAGGAAACAAGACUAUUAUUUUUUUGGGCCUUACAUGUGCAGUUUACUUGAUUAGAAGAUGUGCAUGUACUAUUUACAUGUAACAAAAGUUUACUUGGAAAUGGCAUUUGUGUUCAAUUUUAUUUUAGGUUUUAAUGAAUAAUUAUAGUAUUACAUACCAAACAUGCCAAAAGUUGGUUUCAUCAUAUUGAUUACAGGAAACAUGGUAAUUAAAUGACCUUCAUGUAUACAAGUUUUAAUAUUAUUGUAAAUAUUGAAGUAUUUGAAAUAUUUAAGACCAUGAUAGUAAUAGUAGUUGAUGCAUUUGAGUUUUGAUUCAUUUUAGGAUAUGUCAUGAAAGAACCUACAUUUGAUCUAAUUGGUAUAUAAUCUUGUUCCUUGUAACAUGAACUGCAUGCUUGUAUGUUAUCAAAAUGUAAAUGGCAUUGUAUAUACAUUGUAUGUAUGUUGUUUGGUACAUGUAACAAGUAAGAAUUGAUCUCAGGCUAGUUGAACUCAAAUGUAAAUGUUAUCUGAUGCCAGAGCACAGGGUGUUCAAUUUUUCUGUGUAAAUGGAGUAGACUGAACAGUUAUACACAUGUUGUCUAAAAUUCAGCAAAAAAUGUCAGAGAGAGAGAGAAAGAAAGUAUUCUGUAAAAAAAGGCUGAAAUUUCAUAGCUAUAUGUUCAGCCUCUUAUCUAGUACAGCAAUGUAGGACUAUUGCAAUAUGUAAGAUAAACACUACUGUAAUGAUCAAUUCAAGCUGAGAGGUUAUAUUGCUGUGUUCUUUUUUAAAGUUGACAAAAUGCUUCGGAUCAUCAGAUAAUUUUAGUCAUUUAAACCCUCUAUGCAUUUUCCUAUUUGUAUUUUACCUGUCAGCCAAAGAUACCUACAAAUACAGUGUAUUGAAAUGAUGAGGUCUAGUUGAUAUGCAAAAUGGACUGUUUGGUGCUAUAUGAAAUCAUUAAAUGUCUUUUAUAAACAGAAAUGCAUUAAUCAUGUUAAUUACUACAAUUUAUUCUUAGAUAUUGUGUUUCAGAUGCACAAUUGUUCUCUGAGAGAUGGUUUAUGAAUGUACAGUUUGCAUUUAUUUAAGGUAAAUGAUAGGCAGCAUGCAUAUUCAGCGAUUCAUUUUGGGGUAUACAUGUACAUGUAUAUGAAUGUUAAAACUCAUGUUCUGAACCUAGUCUGUAUUACUCUUUUAGCAUUCAUGAGUAAGAUUUUGUGGAGAUUUUGGUGGCAUAAUUUAGGGAUAAGAUAAGUAUAUUUGAAUUACUAUUAGGUUUUCAUUUAGUAUACCUGAAUACAAUAUACAUGUAUGUGCUGCUAGCCAAAUAUUUGCAUUAAUUACCUUCACAUGACUGGAAUGUUUCAAAAUAAAUUAUACAAUUACC